GCGGCGGCUCCGCUCCAGGUGCGGCGGCUCCGGCAACUUCCCCACCGCACCUGGUGACAACAUGUGGCUCCUGGAGCGGCUGCGCGGCGUGGCGGAGAACGGCGGGUCCCGGGGCGCGGGGUCAGAGGACUCUCCACGGGGAUCCCGCUACAGCAAUGUCCUCACCCCUGACAAGAUCCCCGACUUCUUCAUCCCACCCAAGCUGACCGCAGCACCCGCCGAGGGCACCGAGACCCCCGCGGCGCCCACCCUGGGCCCCUCAGUUUCGGAGCAGGAUCUGGCCGGCCGCAAGGCUCCGCGCAGCCCCCGACCAUCCAGCCGGUCCCGGUCGCGGACCACCAGCCGCCACAUCAUCCAGAUCGAGAGCGCCGAGGACGGGGCGGCCGAGGGAGGCUUUGGCACCAACGUGGACCCGCAGUCGCAGACGGCUAUGUCCCUGCCCUACGUGCCCAAGGCGCAGACCUCCUACGGCUUCGCUACGCUGAUGGAGAGCCCCCACACCCGGCGCAAAGAGUCGCUCUUCCACAGUGAGCACAGCAGCCUCUGUCCUUCGCCUGCCACCUCGCCCAGCGCCCAGCGCAGAGCCAAACUCAACGGUGAGAGCAGGCCCCGGACGCCAGCCGACCUGGGCGCAGCCCUCAUGCACCCCGGGCGCUACUUCAGCGGCGGCGAGAGCGACACCUGCUCCUCGGCCGAGUCCUCGCCCUUCGGCUCCCCGCUGCUCUCCCGCUCCGUCUCCCUGCUGAAGAUCUUCAGCCAGGAGAGCCAGUCCAAGGUCAUCAAGCUGAAGCACUCAGUGGCCCGCAACAGCUCGCUGUCCACCGACGACAGCUCGGCCGACACCAGCCCCAGUGCCCAGCGCCGCUCCAGAAGUGCCCCGGCCGGGGGGCAGCCACCCACCGCCCUGCUGCCCCUGGACCUGCCCCCGGGCUGUGACCGGGAGCACAGCCUGAGGCUCAGCCGGGGCGGCAGCCUGCGCCUGGCCGCUGAGUACGACCCCUCCAACGCUCGGCUGCGUGUGCGGCUGGUCUCUGCCGAGGACCUCUACGAUGCCCUGGUCGACCUGCGUAGCAUCAACUGCUGCGUCUCGCUGUGCCUCAACCCCGGGAAGCUGCAGAAGCAACGCAGCACCAUCGUCAAGAACAGCCGCAACCCCAUCUUCAACGAGGACUUCUUCUUCGACGGGCUGGGCCCUGGCCACGCCAGGAAGAUGUCCCUGAAGCUGAAGGUGGUCAACAAAGGCAGCAGCCUUAAGCGGGACACGCUGCUGGGGGAAAAGGAGCUGCCACUCACCUCCCUCCUGUCCUGCCUGUAGGUGUCUGCAGCCAGCCCCGAAGGGAGCUGCCUGCCCGUGGGGCUGGGGUGAGGGGGGAACCGGCCCCGUCCCCCAGCCCCGCUGGAGAAGGGUUUGGAAGGGCCUCUCAGAGGAGGGACAGGGCUGUGGUGGAGAGGGGGGGAUCACCAACAGCGGCUCUGCCAACACCAGGGCGGGCAGGGCCGGCAGCUGCAGCCUCUCCCUUCUGCUUCCUCCCUGCUCUCUCGGAGGCUGCGUCUCCUGGAGCCCAGCAGGUAGCCGCUGCUCCCAUCUCCCCCGGGAAGGAUGGAUGUCACCUGCUGGGCUCUUCCCUCCCUGGUGAUCUCCAGAUGAUCAGCGUGAAAGUUGGAGGUGGGUAGAUCUCUGCAGCAUACUUACUUCUCUCAAAGCCCCAGCUCCUGGAGACAGGGGAUAGCAUCAGUCUCGGCUCUAAUUUAACAGACAAGUUUCUCGUCCUGGAAACUGCAGAGAAAAUACUGCAGAGGCGACCCAAGAGUGGGACAGGGGAGGUGAUCCUGGGGGAUGAGUCAGGUCUGAGUUUUGAGCCAUUCCUGGACUCUUCCUAGCCCUGUGGAACUGCAUGGAUGUGCAGGUCAGCUUGAUCCGACACCCACAGCUUCCCCAGGAACUCUCCCUGCCCACCCUCAGCAAUGUCCUUUGCUCUGACUCCCAUGGCAAGCUGCUCACAGAGCUUCGGGGGCUUUGGGUUUGCCCAGAUCCAGGAGGCUGCCUGUGCCCAUCCCCUGCCUGCCGGAGGGAGAUGCUGGGUGCUGGCAUGGCUUUAGAGGGGGCGCCUGGUACCUCUCAUCCUGGGCACAGAGGAGAUCGGCAGGCACCUGCUGCCGAAAGCUGAGGUGACAGGAGUGGCCCUCCCCGAGUGCUGGUGGUCUGGCUGGCACAGAGGACAUGCCCAGGUAUGGCUGGGCAGGGGUUGUCAGGCAGAAGUUCCUCCACCCCUCCGCCCUCCCUCGUUCAUGGGGGCUUGUAAGCAGCUGCACCCAUGGGAGAGGGCCCUGUGGGGCCACAAAGCCCCUGCCCCCAGCAAGACCCUCUCCCUAAAUGGACUGCCCUGACCUUGCAGUUUCCCUUUCGGGGCACAGUGAGGUGUUCCCACUCCUUCCCCACCCUUCCCUGCCAUCCCAGCUGAGCGGCUGGAGGCACUGGGAGCGUGGGGAGAGCGGCAGGGCAGUGCCAGCAGGGGCAAUGCCAG